GACAUCCACAGCUGCUCGUUGCCAGCACUUCGUGUCGAGUGCCGCGACCGCUUUCUCUCACUCUAGCACUUCCCGCCCGCUAUCCCUUACUCCACAACCUCGUCGAAUAUGGCGCCCCGGAGAAAUGCGGCAACGGCUGCGGCCGUCCUGGCAGGGUGUGCAGGAUGUUCGGCAUGGGUAGCGCCUGCGGCGCGAGGGUUCACAGGGCAGCGCGUGGCGCCGGCAGCGGCGACAUCUUCGUCCCCAUCAGGGAUGAAGAUGAAGUACAAGGUGGCCGUGGUGGGAGGAGGACCUUCGGGUUCUUGCGCCGCCGAGAUCCUCGCGGAUUGCGACGAUGUUGAUGUGACUUUAUUCGAGCGCAAGAUGGACAACGCCAAGCCGUGCGGAGGAGCCAUCCCACUGUGCAUGAUCGACGAGUUCGACCUGCCCACCAGCAUCAUCGACCGCAAGGUACGGAAGAUGAAGAUGAUCUCCCCCACCAACAGGGAGGUGGACAUCGGCCAGACCCUUGGAGACGACGAGUACAUCGGUAUGGUGCGACGGGAGGUAAUGGACGGCUUCAUGCGCGACAGGGCGAUAGAGAAGGGAGCUCACGCGAUCAACGGUCUGGUGAACGACAUUGACGUCCCCGCGGACAAGGACAGUGGAAAGUACAAGAUCCACUUCGCGCGGUACGAAAAGGGAUCCAGGAAGGGUGUGCAGGACAGCGAGGAGUUUGACCUCAUCAUCGGCUCCGACGGCGCCAACUCCCGAGUCGCCAAGGCCAUGGACGCUGGAGCGUACAACUACGCCAUCGCUUUCCAAGAGCGCAUCAAGAUCUCGGAGAAGAAGAUGGAAUUCUAUGAGGAAAUGGCGGAGAUGUAUGUGGGUGAUGACGUCUCCCCCGACUUCUACGGGUGGGUGUUCCCCAAGUACGACCACGUCGGUGUGGGCACCGGUACCGUCGUCAACCGACCAAAGAUCAAGGACUACCAGGACGCCAUCCGCAAGCGCGCGGGUGAGAAGAUCGAGGGGGGUAAGAUCAUCAAGAUCGAGGCGCACCCCAUCCCCGAGAACUACCGCCCGAGGCGCGUGGUGGGCCGUAUGGCGCUCGUCGGAGACGCUGCCGGGUACGUGACCAAGUGCUCCGGGGAGGGAAUCUAUUUCGCCGCAAAGUCUGGCCGCAUGGCUGCCGAGGCGGUCGUGCAGUGCAUCAAGCAGACUGGCAAGCUCCCCACGGAAGCGCAGCUCAAGAAGACCUACCUCAAGGACUACGACAAGCUCUACAAGCCGACAUACCUGGUCCUCGACAUCCUCCAGAAGGUCUUCUACUCGAACAACGCGGCAAGGGAAGCGUUCGUGGAGCUGUGCGAGUCUGAGUACGUCCAGAAGGUUACGUUCGACUCCUACCUUUAUAAGAAGGUCCAAGGCAACAACCCCGUCGAAGACCUCAAGCUUCUGUUCGGCACCUUCGGCUCCCUCAUGCGCGGUCAGGCACUCGCACCCCCGGACGUGACCUUCUCCAACCCCGUAGAGUCGCUCAAGCGCCUGUAA